AUGACCCAAGAGCACCAGCAUCGCCGCAUCCCCAAGAGUGAACAGAUCCUCGUCACCGGGGCAAACGGAUAUAUCGCUUCGCAUAUCAUCGAUCUCCUCCUCGAGGAGGGGUACAAUGUCCGCGGCACCGUGCGCGGCGAGAAACCCUGGCUCAACAAGUUCUUCGAAGAGAGGUACGGGCCCGGUCGGUUCGAGACGGCCAUUGUGACGGCCAUGAACGUCGACGGGGCUUUUGACAAGGCGAUCCGGGGCGUUGCGGGCGUGGUCCAUGUGGCCACAGACGUCUCUUUCAGCGUUGAUCCCGACGCCGUGAUUCCCGGCGUCGUUGCCGGCACCGUCAACCUCCUCAAGACAGCCGCGGCGCAGCAGUCGGUCAAGAGCUUCGUGUUGACGUCCUCAUCCACCGCUGCUCUGAUCCCCGAGGUGAACAAACGAAUGAUUGUCGACGAAAACACUUGGAACGACGCGGUCGUGGAGGCCGUGUACAACAAAGACGCCCCCGAGGAGGCGAAGCCGUAUCUGAUCUACGCCGCAUCAAAGACGUUGCAGGAGCGCGAGUUCUGGAAGUGGGCGAAAGAGAACAACCCGGGGUUCGCGGUCAACAGCGUCUUACCUAACAUGAAUCUCGGCCAACUCUUGUUGCCAGAAGGUUUCGGCAGCACCAUGGGCUGGACCCGCGCUAUUUUGGAGGGUAAUGGCCGUGUGCUCAACGUGCUCCCACCGCAAUGGUAUGUCGACGUCCGAGACGACGCCCGAGUCCACGUUGCGGCGCUGCUUGACCCGAAAGUCGAAAACGAACGGCUUUUUGCGUUUGCAGGCCCCUACAACUGGACCGAUGUCAUCAAUAUCUUGACCAACCUUCGGCCGGACAACGACAAGAUCCCCAAAGCUCCUCCGAAUGAAGGGCGUGACCUGACGGAUAUCAAGGGGAGCAAGAGGGCGGAAGAGCUCAUCAAGUCGUUCUUCGGCGUGCCUGGCUGGACGAGCCUGGAGGAUAGUCUUGCCGCAGGCAUUGCUGACCUGAAGUAA